GCAUAAUAUUAAUAUUGUUGCCGACCUUAAUGUAUGAGCUUCCACCUCAUCUUUUUAGUACUUAUGUAUUCAUUUAUUUGUUUAUAGUUGUACCUUUGUAUGUUAUCUCAUUUUUAAUGAGUAUUUAGAUUUUAAUAUUUAUCUUAUUUAUGUUUAGCAACAAAAAAUGGCAAACAUCGCAAAAAUUGAAUUCCCGGCUCUUAAUAUCACCGGAGAAAAUUAUAUGCCGUGGACGGCACAUGUUAAGCGACAUCUCAAGUCAAUGGGUGUUUUGGAAACGAUAACGGAGUGGAACGAAUGUAGCGAUCAAGACAAGGCAAAAGCCGAUGUCUUCCUCCAUAAACACAUUGAUGAAAUGUUGCAAUUUGAAUAUUCAAAUUUUGAGGAUCCAUACGUUUUAUGGGAAGAUUUAAAAAGCAGAUUUGAUAAUCAAAGGGAAGUUUUACUUCCCACUGCUAGAGAUGAAUGGAACAAUCUCAGGUUCCAAGAUUUUAAAAAGAGAAAAACAAUGAGCUACUAAUGAAAAAUCAUCAAGCUCGUCCCACUGGAUCAUUAGCCAUUCCAGAAGC